AUGCCAACAUCUCAGAGAGUCUUCAGGAACUUGUCUCUGAUCCUACUGAGUGGCUCUGUCUCUCUGUUGCUGUGGGCCGCUCUCAGAACCUGCUCUGACAGGAAGCCUCUCCGCGCUCCAGACCUUUUCCCUCUGCACUACGCUGCUGACCUGCCGGCCUGCUCAGCCAUCAUCAGAGGAGACCUGGAGGGUCUGGAGAAGGAACAGCUCAGCAGACUGCUGAAGACCAAGAAGAAGAGCCAGCAGCUGUCGGAGACCUUCUACCACAACGUGACUCAGGACUGCCAGAGAUACGUCACAGACAGAGGGUUCAUUACUGUGCCUCUCAGCCAGGAGGAGGAGGAGUUCCCCAUCGCCUACUCCAUGGUCAUCCACGAGAAGAUUGAGAUGUUUGAGAGGCUCCUGCGUGCCGUGUACACGCCUCAGAACGUCUACUGCGUCCACGUCGACCAGAAGUCAUCCGAGGACUUCAGGAGUGCAGUGAGCGCUAUCGUGUCCUGCCUGCCCAAUGUGUUUGUGGCCAGUAAGAUAGAGAGCGUGGUCUACGCCUCCUGGUCCAGAGUGCAGGCUGAUCUGAACUGUAUGGAUGACCUGCUGAAGUCACCGGUCCAGUGGAGGUACCUGCUCAACACCUGUGGAACCGACUUCCCCAUUAAGACAAACGCUGAGAUGGUUCAGGCCCUCAAGCUGCUGAACGGGAAGAACAGCAUGGAGUCAGAGGUCACCAACAACAAUAAGAAGGGCAGAUGGCAGUUUCACCACAACGUCAUCAACACAGUAGUCAGGACAGCUGUUAAGAAGACCCCUCCACCAAUCAACACCCCCAUGUUCUCUGGCAACGCCUACUUCGUGGUCUCCAGGGCCUUCGUCCGUCACGUGACGGAGAGUCAGGAGGUCCGGGUUCUGCUGGAGUGGGAGAAGGACACCUAUAGUCCUGAUGAACACCUGUGGGCCACCCUGCAGCGCAUGCCCUCUGUCCCAGGCUCCUACCCCGCCAACAGUAAGUACCAGCAGUCUGAUAUGAACUCCAUGGCCAGGGUGGUGAGAUGGAGCUACCUGGCUGGGGAUGUGAGGAGCGGAGCCCCCUACCCCCACUGCUCCGGGACCUACAGGAGGGCUGUGUGUGUCUAUGGGGCUGGGGACCUGCAGUGGCUGCUAAACCAACACCACCUCAUCGCUAACAAGUUUGACCCCGAGGUGGAUGACGUGGCGAUCAGAUGUCUGGAGUCGUACCUUCGCUUCAAAGCAACAUACCGUGUAUCAUUAAAGACAGUGGAAUCU